AUGGAUUUCAACUACGCCCAGGAAACGGUUUGCUGGAUCGACGUGGGCGACUCGCCCGCCAACACCCAUCUGAAGUGUGCCUCCAUCCCAGAACUGAAGAUUGUCACUAACAUCAGGAACAUUAACAUCUCCCUCAGCCUGCACCGUGAGUAGAAGACACACACAUAAACGUGCACGCAAGCACACACACCUACAGCCUGUACCGUGAGUAGAGGAGCCUACCUACCAGUCCUUCUUUACGUAUUCCACCCUCCUGUAUUUUCAUUAGGAGAGACACUGGUGAAGGUGAGAGAGGAAACCGAUGAGACAGAUGGGAUAUAG